CGAAUUCAUUCACAAUUUCUAUUAUUUUUGUCUAUGCAAAUUUUUGUUCUAAUGAACGUAGUUUUUUAAUAAUUGUCAAACAAGUAAUAUGCGGUUUAUGUUUAUUAAUCUUUUGUGUGAUUUGUAAAGUGAAGUUGCAGUAAUUACAUUAAAUUAAUGUUACACGGUGUUCUUUAAAUUUAUUUAAAAUGCCGAAAGAACAAUACCGCGAGACUUAUGUCGGGCGAAAAAUUUCGCACGUCACUUUCAAUGUGGAUAGUCCAGCUGCUAUCCAGCAAGCUGCUCACAUCCAGGUCAUCACCAAGAACCUGUAUGCUCAGGAUGGCCAGAGGGUACCAGCGCCGUAUGGUGUACUGGACAGGAGAAUGGGUACCAAUCAAAAGGAUGCCAACUGUGACACAUGCGGGCUGGGUCUGGCAGAGUGUGUCGGUCACUACGGGUACAUACAUCUGGCCCUGCCCGUCUUCCAUGUUGGAUACUUCCGGUCUAUCAUUACAAUACUACAGACCAUUUGUAAGAACUGUUCAAGGGUAAUGCUAGCGGAACCUCUAAGGAGGGCUUACAGGCGAAAAUUCAUGAAUCCUGAGCUAUCCUACUUGCAAAAGAAGAACCUUCGAGCUGCAGUCCACAAGAAGGCGAAGGCUUGCACUAAAUGCCCUAACUGUGAUUCUUUGAACGGCAUGGUGAAGAAGAGUCCAGCUGGUAUCCUUAAAAUUAUUCAUGACAAGUAUCGUACUAAGAAGCCCACGGAUGCUGUGGUGAAGCGAGUGCUCAAAGACUUUCAUGAGGCUAAAGAGUCUAACAAGGAGUUAACGACCAUGAUCAACAGCGGACUUAUUGUUGAAAUGAGUCCUGUGGAGGUCCUAGACAUAUUCCGCCGCAUCCCGGACGACGAUAUUCCUCUGCUGGGAAUGAAUGGUCUAACGCGGCCGGAGCACCUGAUCCUGACCCGCCUGCCCGUGCCACCGCUAUGUAUCCGACCCAGCGUCGUGUCUGAUAUCAAGGCUGGCACGAAUGAAGACGAUUUAACAAUGAAACAGUCGGAGAUUCUCUUAAUAAACGACGUGAUAUCACGACAUAUUGCGAGCGGAGGCAAGAGCGAGCUCGUGCAGGAGGAUUGGGACUACCUACAGCUACACGUGGCUCUUUACAUCAACAGCGAAAUGUCAGGAAUUCCGCUAUCGAUGCAGCCCAAAAAACCAGGUCGUGGUUUAGUACAACGUUUGAAAGGCAAGCAAGGUCGCUUCCGUGGUAACCUGUCAGGGAAACGUGUGGACUUCUCAAGUCGAACUGUCAUUUCUCCUGAUCCCAAUCUGCAAAUUCAAGAGGUUGGUGUGCCAGUACACGUGGCGAAGAUAUUAACGUAUCCAGAGCGCGUGUUCCCUGCCAACCUGCAGUGGCUUCGGAAGCUGGUCUGCAACGGACCUGACGUGCAUCCUGGAGCCAACUACGUGCAGCAACGAGGACUAAAGCAUAAGAAGUACCUCAAGUAUGGUAAUAGAGAAAAAAUUGCCCAAGAGUUGAAGUGUGGCGACAUAGUGGAGCGCCACCUAGUGGACGGAGACGUGGUACUGUUCAAUCGCCAGCCCUCGCUGCACAAGCUGUCCAUCAUGUGUCACCGCGCCAGGGUACAGCCGCAGAGAACCUUCAGGUUUAACGAGUGCGUAUGUACUCCUUACAACGCGGAUUUUGAUGGUGACGAGAUGAAUAUGCACCUCCCGCAGACUGAGGAGGCGAGGGCCGAGGCACUCAUACUUAUGGGGAACAAAUCCAACUUAGUGACACCUCGUAAUGGAGAACUGCUCAUCGCUGCAACUCAAGACUUCAUCACUGGUGGAUACCUGAUGACCCAAAGAGACACCUUCUUCACAAAAGACGAGGCAAGUCAGCUGGCUGCCUGUCUCCUCGCUGGACCGGACGCCACCAUGAGGAUCGAUAUGCCACCCCCAGCCAUACUCAAACCCAGGAAACUUUGGACAGGGAAACAGAUUUUCAGUCUAAUAAUGAAACCUAACAAGAAGUGCGAGGUGAAGGCCAACUUGGAGACCAAGGGCAAAAACUAUACUGGCAACAAAGAUAUGUGCGUGCAGGACUCGUAUGUGAUAAUAAGAAACUCGGAGCUGCUCUGCGGGUCUAUGGACAAAAGUACCUUGGGUUCCGGCACCAAGAACAGCAUCUUCUACAUCCUGCUGAGAGACUGGGGGGAGGAGUACGCGGUCAGAGGGAUGUGGAGAUUAGCGCGCAUGGCGUCCUACUACAUGAUGAAUAGAGGCUUCAGUUUCGGCAUCAUCGACGUCACGCCAGGGAAGAAGCUUAUCGAGGCGAAGAAUAAACUGCUUGAAGCUGGGUAUUCAAAGUGUGAUGGCUAUAUCCUGGAGAUGGAGAAGGGCACGCUACAGUGUCAGCCUGGCUGCACCAUGGAGGAGACCCUGGAGGCUGUCAUGCUGAGCGAACUCAGCAGCAUCAGAGAGUUGGCGGCUAAGGCGUGUUUCCGAGAGCUGCACCCCACCAACGCGCCGCUUAUAAUGGCACAGAGUGGCUCUAAAGGUUCGAAUAUCAACAUAUCGCAGAUGAUCGCAUGCGUGGGUCAGCAAGCUCUGAACGGCAAGCGAGUGCCCAACGGGUUCGAGGACAGAUCCCUGCCGCACUUCGAGAGACAUUCCAAGAUCCCAGCGGCGCGUGGUUUUGUUGAGAACAGUUUCUACUCGGGGCUGACUCCGACAGAGUUCUUCUUCCACACGAUGGGAGGGCGUGAGGGUCUCGUAGACACCGCUGUCAAGACUGCUGAAACUGGAUACCUCCAGCGAAGACUUGUCAAGUCGUUGGAGGACCUAGUUCUACACUAUGACAUGACGGUCCGCAACGCGAUGGGCGAGGUGGUCGAGUUCCGCUACGGCAGUGACGGACUGGACCCCAGCUACAUGGAGGGCAAGGACCGACCUGUAGACCUUGCCAGGGUACUCGCUGAUGUUCGUGCUAAAUAUCUCUCCAGAGACGAGGAUCCCCUGGACGGCGACGGCAUCGAGCUAGCUGCUGCGGAAACCCUCGCGCUGGAUGAUUUCAAAACGUGCACCCAGGAGUUCAAGAAUGAGUUACUGACAUUCCUGAAGUCGAUAGCAGCGAAGGUCCGCGCGCUGCGGUCGCGGUACUGGCAGUGCGGGGCGCUGGUGAAGCAGCUGGAGCGGCUGACGCUGACGCAGCUGGUGCAGUUCCUGCGCGUCUGCCACCACAAGUACCAGCGCAGCGUCAUCGAGCCCGGCACCGCCGUCGGCGCGCUCGCUGCACAGAGCAUUGGCGAGCCCGGUACUCAGAUGACCUUGAAAACAUUCCACUUCGCGGGAGUAGCUUCCAUGAACAUCACCCAAGGAGUGCCCAGGGUCAAGGAGAUCAUCAACGCGUCUCGUAACAUCUCCACUCCGAUCAUCACCGCGGAACUGAUGCAGCCAAGAGACCAGGAGUUUGCCAGGAGAGUCAAGGGCAGGAUUGAGAAGACUACGUUAGGAGAGAUCACGACAUACAUAGAUGAGAUGUACCUGCCCAACGAGUGCUUCCUGCUGAUCAGGCUGGACGCUGAGAGGAUCCGCCUCCUCUGUCUAGAGGUCAACGUCGAGUCUAUCGUGUAUUCAAUAUGCACAUCGAAGCUGAAGAUAAAGCCUGGGAACGUGCAGAUAGUGUCGGAGUGGGCCGUGAAGGUGAGCGCGGAGGCGGGGCGCGCGGGCGCCUGGCUCAACCUGGCGCUGCAGCAGCUCGCGCGCCAGCUGCCCGCCGUCGUCGUCAAGGGCCUGCCGCAGGUCGCGCGCGCCGUCAUCGCAUGCAACGACACCGACGCUGUGCCCACGUACAAGCUGUGCGUGGAGGGAGACGGACUUCGAGAUGUCAUCGCCACGUACGGGGUGGACGGCACGAAAACAACUUCAAACAAUAUACUCGAGGUUUACCACACGCUUGGCAUAGAGGCUGCGAAGUCAACAAUCAUCAGUGAGAUCCAGGCUGUGAUGGAAGGACACGGCAUGAGCGUGGAUCGUCGCCACGUGGAACUGUUGGCGGGGCAGAUGACCGCAAGGGGCGAAGUCCUAGGUAUCACCAGAUACGGUCUCGCCAGGAUGAAGGAGUCCGUGCUUAACUUGGCCAGUUUUGAAAAAACGGCUGAUCACUUAUUCGACGCGGCGUACUACGGGCAGACAGAUUGUAUAGAGGGCGUCUCAGAGUCCAUCAUACUCGGGGUGCCGGCCGCCAUCGGGACCGGAGUCCUACAGUUACUGCACCAACACCCGAGGGCAGAGCCCCUGCAGCCCCGCGAGCUCCUCUUCGACCGACCGGAGUUCCACUCCUCGAUAUGGGAAUAACCCCUAAGCCCGGGCCGUAGACGCAGUAUCAUGAUCAGAGUUGCCGCCAAGAAGUAAUUUUGUACCUUCUUGUCGUAUGUAUAAGACUGGAAAUCGUUUGUUGUUUUUGAGUUUUUUGUUUGACUGGUGAGUGUAGUCAUCUCUUACUGUAGGGAAUAAAAAUUAUUUUCAAAAUACAAAGCAAAUAGAACUGAACGAUAUUGAAAAUCAUUUAAAAUUUCAAAGUCGGCUAUCUUACAAAACGAAGUUUUUGUCAAACACUAAAAGAUGGCGUUACUGUCUCAUUGAAUUUCUCAAAUGAUUAUAAGUGUAUGACAUUGUAUAUAUAAAAUAGAUUAUGUUAGUUAUUUUUUAACAUUAUGUAGUUAGUUAUUAAUUGUUAGAUAUUUAAUGUUAUAUCUUCCAAGUCAACAUAUAAUAUCUCUAAUUUAAUAUACGUGGCUGGCAACACUCUGAAUAUUGCCAGCCUUCUAAAUGUAGGUAACUCUACUUUUUUAUGCUGUAUCUAUGUAUUAUAUUGUUAUCAUUGAGCUAUUAUCUGAUAAUUAUAGGU